AUGGUGUACCGCCGCGGCUGGUUCGUGGUUCAAACUGGUGAAGUGACAAUGAAUUUUCAACGAAUACGUCUACUCCUCCAUUACUUCUGCCGAUUCAUCCAACCUUCUCUUCGCCACUUUCCGAGAAAUGUCCACCAGAAGCCAGGUGCCGGUGCACUGUGCCUAAUCUUGCCUUUCUCGCGGACACACGAACCAACCAUUGAGGAGGAGACUACCGCUCUCAUGAGAGCCGCUUUCACCAAGAUCCGCGAGAACUGCUAUGACGACGCAGACGUAAUCCUUCAUCGCAUCCUUCGACGUCUGGCGGAUACCUCACAGACUAACCGACUAAGUCCCACCGAAUACGCCGGCCGUCGAGCUCGAAUCUUCAGUGAAUUAGCUAAUCUCCGUUUGCUCCAACGCAACUACCUGGACGCUGAGAAACUCUUUGUUGAGACCAUCCGCUCCUCCCUCGCCGCCGGGAUGGAUCCCAAAGAUGCCUGCAUUGUGGAACUCUCCCUCAAACUGGCCCUCCUGUACUCGAAACUAGGCGACUUUGAUAAAGCCUCAACGGGCUUCCAGUUCUGUUUCGACACUCAAAUGACAAAUGCAUCACAGGACCUUAACCCUGGCUCCGACCUAAACGAGAAGCAGAUCAACGAUGUCGCUUUGCUAGGCCUCGUUUCCAAUGCUUACGCACAUUUCCUUAUUCAGAAGGGUGAUUUAAAGGAGGCUCGAGAGAAGCUUCAAGUCGCGCUUAAAUCAGCCCGUAGGAUCUACCCCUCACAUCAUGAAAACUGCUUAAAUCUCCAUGCCGAUUUGGCCAAUGUUGAGAGUCGAAUCGGCAACGUUAGCGACGCCUUGGAGAGUCUUCGAACGGUGAUCGAGGAGGCUAGACGACAGCAGGCAUCUACCCUUUCCCUCGUCCGUCUAUUUUGCGCCGGAGCAGUGAUUGAGGGUAAUGAAGGAGAAUUCGCCUCGGCAAAAAGGUGGUUGACUAGAGCUGAUGAAGCCUCCUCCAAAAUAGAUAACCAGAAAGAUCAGGGUGCUGCUAUGGGGGAGAUUCAAUCUGUACGAGAUAUGAUACACUCCUGGUGUCAAGAGGAAGAAUCAAUAAACGAAGAAAGGGGAUGA